UUGUUCUGCUCUUUUUUGUUUCUCACAAGUUUAAUUUUUUGUGUGUGCUUGCGCUUGUGUGCGCGCCGCGUUUGGAAAUAGAAUCGAACAUUUUGCGCAAUUUGUGUGUUAUUACCGGUAAUGCGCGCUAAUUGGCAGACGACACGGAAAUGGAAGUGAACGAAGCAGCAGCAGCAGCAACAGCUCAUGUUUAUCGACAAACGACGACGACAAUGACGAUGUCAAAGUCGCUGCCGCGUCUCGAGACAGUUCACCUGCCUGCCCACUAUGUUCGGGACCAUUGCCAUCGGGCGCGCAGCGAGGGCGUGGAUCUGAAGGCGCGACGUAAGCUGAUCAUUGCCAGCAUUUUAUGUUUGGUGUUCAUGAUAGCGGAGAUUGUGGGUGGCGUUCUAUCGAACAGCUUGGCCAUUGCAACAGAUGCCGCACACUUGCUUACGGACUUUGCCAGUUUUAUGAUCUCCCUGUUUGCCAUCUGGAUAGCCGGACGUCCAUCCACGCAACGCAUGUCCUUUGGCUGGUAUCGGGCGGAAGUGAUUGGCGCCAUGGCUUCCGUCUUUAUGAUCUGGGUCAUAACUGGCAUAUUGGUCUGGCUGGCGGUUGAACGUCUCAUUACUGGUGACUAUGAGGUGGACGCAAGGAUCAUGCUGAUCACAUCGGGCCUGGCAAUUUUGGUGAAUGUCAUCAUGGGCGUACAGCUGCAGCACGGCCACUCGCAUAGCUUGGGCGGUGGCGCAGGUGGGCAUGGUCACAGCCACGGCGACGCCAAGAAGAAAUCCAAGAAGCAAAAAAAACUUUCCACACAUGCGAAUGCCACCUCCACGCCCUGCUCCGCAUCGCCAACGAAGCGCAUUGAAGGCGGCGUUGCCUACGAUCCAGAGGAGGCCGAACUGCCUGCCGGCGGACUGCCCAGUUUCUCGUAUCAGAACGCCAAACUGGUGGAUCCGAACCUGGAUCUGGAAAUUGCUGCUGUGCUGGCGGAAACAGCGCCCGGCACUCACCACCACGGCGGACAGGCCGGUCGGGAGGCGGUUAACAUGAAUGUACGUGCCGCGUUUAUUCACGUAAUUGGCGAUGUUAUCCAGAGCGUGGGCGUCUUUCUGGCUGCCCUGGUGAUCUACUUUUGGCCCCAGUACGCCAUCGUGGAUCCCAUAUGCACCUUUAUCUUUUCUAUUAUUGUUUUGUUUACAACGUUUACGAUUAUGAAGGAUGCCUUGCUGGUACUGAUGGAGGGUACACCGAAUUAUAUGCAUUAUGCGGAGGUGCUGCAGAUAUUCCAGCGCAUUGAAGGCGUCGAGCGUGUUCACAAUUUGCGCAUCUGGGCACUGAGCAUUAAUAAAGUGGCGCUAUCUGCGCAUUUGGCCAUUGCUGCCAAUGCGAAUGCAAAGCAAAUACUGGACACGGCCACCUCAGCGGUUCAUCUGCGCUACAAUUUCUUCGAGACGACCAUUCAGAUUGAGGACUAUACCGCAACCAUGGAGAACUGCCUGCAGUGCAGCGUGCCGGAGAAGUGAGCCCUCCAUUUGGGAGCGAAAGGAGUUGCAUUAAAAAUCUUUAAAUUUAAAUUAAACACUUACAUACCCAACUGAAAUGUAUCUGUAUUUAUGAGAUAAGUUAAUCCAAUGUGGACGUGUGUGCAAACAAAUGUGUCGACUGUCUCCUCGGACAGGCGCGAUAGCAUUUGCCAAAUAUAAUUCCCGUCAUAUCA